AUGUUAUUCAACACCAUUCCAAAGACUGUAUCUUCAGCUGUUCUUGUUAACUCAGUUCGCCGAUUAUCCCACAGUUCUUAUAACAACAGACAUGUCCAAAAGGCUAUCGCCAGUGUCGCUUUUUACGGUUUAGCUACGUUAGGUGUUGCAAAUCUCGUCGAGAAAAACAACAARGGGCUAUUUAUUUAG